AUGAGUAACUUCCUUAUCCGCCUUCUAUGGCCCAGAUCUAAGACUCGCAGCUAUAUCCUUCAACUACCGGUCGAAUUACUUGUGGAAAUAUUUUCUUUCCUUCCUCCUUACAGCCAAUUGCUCAUCUACCAGACCUGCCGGCCCCUACGCGCAAUCAUCCAUCGAUAUUUUCUUACUGGGGAAGGGAUCUUGGUCACACCGAAUGAUAGAUUACUUUAUCUCACUCAUCUCGCCAGGUCUUUGCCCGAUCGGUGGGUUUGUGCCAAAUGCUUCAAACUUCAUCAGACUUGCAGCUGGGACACACCGUCAUUUCGCCCCAAAUAUUAUCCAAAGUGUGGAGACGGAAAGAACUGGGAUUUGGAAAGACACGACGAAUCUCAAAUAUUCUUCAAUUAUCAAUAUUUUCUAGCGCAUAGGCAUAUCGAACUCACGCUUAAGUAUACUCGGCUAGAGAGCCAAAAGAGGAUACAUCAGAAACACCUUAAAAGGCUUCUUACACCAUAUCACGCCCCCGCAACUCAACGGCCUGCGGAUAUCGACGUAGCCGAAAACAUUCUAUCCCAGCGCUCAUUUUACCCCAAGGUUGUGGAUGGGAGAUAUUUACUUCUCACCGUCCAGACUUAUCUUGGCAUCGGUACUACGGUAUCACGACAGUCCAUAAAGUUCAUUAUAUUGUGUCCUCAUCUAUGCUCUUUUACCUCCUUUCGCUUCCGGAAUGGUCUGAAGUUAGAUCUAGAUAUGAUUUUGUACAUGGGGUUCUCAGCACCACUAAAAUUUCGAAGUUUUUUCCCCUGUCUUGCUUGUAGCACUGAUGUUUGUAUACAAACCUCACCAGAGCGCGUUGUUAUAUGCACGUGGCAAGACUUGGGACCGGAAGGAACUGUAUAUGAUCCGAAUUGGGAGGCAAUAGUGCGCAACACUACAAGUAUCCAUCACGAGAAUGGAAGCAUUCGAGGGCUAUAUGGUCAACACGAGCACAGUGGUGAAAUAUAUUAG